AAUGCACUGAAUUUUAAAUUAACAACAUUAUAAUGUUUAUAUUAAAAACAAGGAAAUUAAUCAAUUCAUAAUCAGUAAAGGAAAUACUAUAUAAAAACAACGUAAUUUCACUAUUAACAGAAUACUAACAAACUGUCGUAGCAAUGACGUAGCGCACGUAGCCGCGCUACGCAUAAUAUUACCUAUUUCAGCGCACGCGCCGGUCAUCCACCAUUCAGUCAUUCACAGACCAUUGAAACACGUGUAAAAGAGACAAUCGAAUAAAAAAGUGACAGUGCAGUGCAACGAAUAAAGCUUUGAAACGUCAAAAUGAUGACGAUAAGCGAAAGUCAGUUUUCUUCAAAUAAAAUGUCGAGUAUCCACAAGAUCAACGACAGGAUCGUCCACAAGGAUAGCUUCAAUGACACCAAUAGUUCUUCGAGCGUUAACAGCACUCUCAUCACGAAGAGAGGAUUCAAGCCCUCCGACAUGUACGACCCUCAGAAGAAGGAGUUCCUCACAAACCUCAGUUAUAAGUUGUUCCCUGUAAGUUGGGAGGACAUGGAAAACAAGCCUAUUUUAAUAGGAGAGAAAGAGGUGGACCUGAACAAGAUCUUCACACCAGCGCCUGAUGCUGAAGAGCACAUCAUCAAGAAGGACCGCAAGUUUGAGAAAACAUUCGCAUCAUCAGCAUUCUACGUGCCAGGAGUGCACCCCACAGUGAAGGAGCAGAUGGACCUGGCGAGAGCCAUCUCCAAGUCCCUGAGUGACUCCAGCAACCACAUGAGCAGAGGACAGAGUAUGUACGUGAACAGGAAGAAGAGAUCGGUCAAGUGGGUGCAUGAAGGACGAGGUCGAAACACAUCGAACGCCUGCUCCACGCCGACGCCCGUUGCGAACCACGACACACCGUACCGCCCGCCAUCUAGUUUACGCAACCAGAAAACUUAUCCCAAAUCAGCGCUUAAACACUCCAGCAACUUGCCGAAAAUGGAGCCGUUCCCGAUCUCUCCUCCAACGAUCACAGUGCAGAAUAUUGAUGUACCUGUCCCAUUAGCACCUACUAAGUUAAAUGAUGUCUAUGCUUCACCAAAGAGCCCAAGAUUGCCACUAGUUUCUGGACCAAACUUCAACGUAGCGCCGCGUGGUUGGGGCGAGAUGAAAGACUAUUACCGGCCAGUCGUACUAGAUGGCGUUGGUGCGUCAAUACAGUACACAGAUUUUUAAAAUUAUUUAAUUACGUUUUUGUUAAAUAAUUUUAAGAACUAACUAUUUAAACAUAGAUAUGACACGUUUUUAUUUGAAUUUUGUAUAAAAUAUUAAUUUAAUCGUCUCUAUCUGAUAUCUUUGUGGGAUCUUAUUUAGAUUUUUAUUCUUUAAAUACUUACGUAUUUCGAAAAACUUAAAGCACGAUGACUUUCCAUUCUUUUUGUGCAGUUUUUAAAUGAAAUAUUAUAUAAAUUUACGAAUAAUAUUAAAACUAUCUACGUAAUAAGCAUUUUAAUAUAUCAUCUGUGGAUUAUGACUAGUUUUAGUUGUAUAUUUAAUGUACCUAGACUACAAUAUUUUAUAAACACACUUUCUUAGUCGAGUCCUAGUCAUAUUUAACAUAAUGAAAUAAUUAUUAAAUGUAAGUACUUAUAUGUAAUACUCAA